GGCAUCCAGAUCCGACUAAUGUUUUAAUGUUAAAAAUAUUUACAUCGUUAGCUACAAGAUUACUUGCGUUAAACCAUACAAAUUGGAAUCCACCGGAUCGAAAUCUUAGUGAAGUUAAAUAUGAAUAUGAUUACAUUGUUAUCGGAGGUGGAACGGCUGGAUUAGUUUUGGCAAGUUUAUUAGCCAAAGCAAAUAUGAAUUCGAGAACGCUAGUAAUUGAAGGAGGUCCAAAUGCUCCACUUACAACGGAAAUUCCAUUUUAUUUAUCAGGUAUACAGAACUCGAAAUAUGAUUGGAAUUAUCGAACACUUCCACAAAACAGAUCAUGUCAAAGUUUUGAUUAUGGCGCGUGUCACAUACCUUUGGGGAAAAUGAUUGGAGGAUCCACGCUAUUACGUUCUAUGGUAUAUAAUACAGGAACAAAACGUGAUUGGAAUCGAUGGGAGAAUUUAGGUAACCCAAACUGGAAUUGGAAAACAGUUUUGCCAUAUUUUAAAAAUUAUGUGGAAAAAUAUCCACUGGAACAUUUGUAG